AAGGAAAAUCUGGUAUUGUAUACAAAGCUAUUUGGUUAAAUAAUAAUGAAGAUAAAGAAGUAACUCUUAAAUGUUACAAGAAUUUAAAUGAAGAUUCGAAUGAAUUUUUAAAUGAAUUUAAGUUUCAUGGAAGUUGUUUAGAUUCAAGUAAUAUUAUUAACCUUUAUGGAUUUACGAAAAAUCCAGAUACUUUGAAAUAUAUGGGAAUAAUGGAUUAUGCAAAUAAGGGUAAUUUAAGAGGAAAUUUAACAAAAAUAAUUAAAUAUAAUUGGAAACAAAAAUUAUAUAUAUUAUACCAAAUUAUUUCCGGAAUUAAUGAAAUACAUAAGCAAAAUAUUAUUCAUUGUUGUUUACAAGAUUUCAUUAUUUUUAUUCAUAAAGAUAAAGAGGAUGAAGAUAGAAUCUAUAUUAGUGAUUUUGAGUUAUGCCAACCUGUAAAAUCUUUUUUGAAAAAAGAUGAGAUUUUUGGUCUUACACCAUUUAUGGCACCUGAAGUUUUGAGAUCUAAACCUUUUACUCAAGCUAGUGACAUAUAUAGUUUUUCUAUGAUUAUGUGGGAAUUUACAUCUGGAGUUCCACCAUUUGUUGGUAGAGAAUAUGAUUUUCAGCUUAGUAUAAGUAUUUGUAAAGGUGAACGUCCUGAAAUUGUUGAGAAUACCCCACAAUGUUAUAUAGAUUUGAUGAAAAAAUGUUGGAAUGAAGAUCAAUUAAAAAGGCCAUCUUCUAAAGAAGUUUUAAAUAUUAUUGAAGAGUGGAUUAUUCUUCCUGACAAAACAAAAGCUGAAGAUAUUGAUGAAGAAUUAAAAUGCAACAUUAUGGAAUUUAUAAAUGUACCGAUUGGGUAUAACAAUCUUGCUAUUGAAUCUCAUCGCUUGCUUAAUAUUACCUUGAAUGAAAACUCUUGAAAGUGAAAUAAGUAAGGCUAGAAUAUUUAUUGGUUUCCUAUAAUUGUGCUCUUUUGUAACUAGGGAUGCCAAAAGUUCGGUUAUAACCGAUCAUAACCGGUUUUUACCGGUUCGGUUAUCGGUUCGGUUUCAGUCCAAGACCGACCGGUUAAC